AUGAAGACUUGAAUUUGAAUCCUAACCGUUCAGAAUACGACGCUCUCUCCGCGUGAGUGUGUGCUAUAUGAGCUGUCGCAUCCCGUUUAGUUCAGCAUCCGCUCUCGCGCGUUUCCCGGUAACCGGGCACCGUGGUCCCGCCGCUUAACUGGAGCCAGCGUGUCUCCGAUCGAGCCGUUUCAUUUUCUGAAGGAUAAACGCCAGGGUUCAGUGCCGGAAUUCAAGAAAGACUAUUUGUCCGCACAACUACUAGAGAUUAAAUGAUCUAUCACGGGAUUUCCCACUGAGUCAUGGUCUGCAUUGAAGAAGUGUGUUUUGAGUGAGUAUUUGAGAUUACUGAGUGUGUGUGUGAGUGAUAGGGUGAACGAGAGCAGAGAUGGAUGAGAAGCUGUAUCAAUCCCUGGCGCGACCCCACCCCGGCCUGGAGCUCAGUUACUCGAGCUCAUCUGAGGAAGAGGAUGGUACCAACCUUCAUCACAAACACUAUAGAGAGACCACCCGCACCGACUAUGAACCUGACCGCAGAUUCACCUACAACAGCCACAAAGUUCGCAGGAAAGAGCAGCCCCUGAAAGAUUUCUCUGACCCCUCCCAGACUGCGUUCCCUGAUUUCCAAACGGAACUUCAUGCAGCCAAUCAGGAGCUUGCAUACCCCAGGGGCGUGUCGGCAGGUGUUGCCUCAGACCCUGAGUCAGAGGGUGGGGCCUCUCCUGACCACGCCCUGCGGUUGUGGAUGCAGGAAGUCAAGUCAGAGCACAGUUCCUGCCUGUCCAGCCGAGCAAACUCUGUCCUGUCCCUCACCGAUACGGAACAAGAGCGCAAGUCCGAGCCUGAGAAUGAUCUUCCUUCUAGUCCUGUGGCCCAGUUUACCUUCCGACCCCUACCCCCUCCUCCUCCCCCACCGCACGCCUGCACCUGUGCCCGUCCAACACUGGCUGCUCUUCCAGAGGUGGUGCAGAGGAGCACACUGCCCGCUCGAUGCCAACCGCUAGACUCUGGAAAUAAAGCUGGACAGGAUGACAAUGGGCAGACACACAAUACCUGGGCACUGAACAGCAACAUACCACUAGAGACCAGACACUUCCUGUUCAAGCACGGCUCUGGUUCGUCUGCCAUUUUCAACGCGGCCAAUCAAAAUUACCCUCUAACGUCCAGCACGGUGUAUUCGCCACCCCCGAGGCCACUUCCCAGAACCACCCUCUCAAGACCGCUCUUCUCGUUCAGUAAACCAUACCGUUGCUGUAACUGGAAGUGUACGGCUCUGAGCGCAAGUGUAAUUACACUGACUUUGGCCCUACUGCUGACAUAUAUCAUUGUGGUUCAUCUGCUGGGUUUGCCGUGGCAUCUGAAGAGAGUGGAAGGAGAGCUUUAUGAGAAUGGAAUGAGUAAAGAUGAUCAGCUGCUACAGGGAGCAGAUUUCACCUUCACUCCCGUCCACCUACCAGGACUCAACAUCACACAGCCAGAUAAAGAGGUGAUUCAGCGAGGCAGGGUGAUAGAGAGGGGCGAGGUUGCUGUCGGGACACAGCUGGUCCAGGUGAUUCCUCCUGGACUUUUCUGGAGGUUUCACAUCACGGUUCACCACCCUGAGUAUGUCAAGUUCAACAUCUCGCUCACACGGGAUGCACUCCUGGGCAUCUAUGGCAGGAGGAAUAUACCACCUACUCACACACAGUUUGACUUUGUAAAGCUACUGGAUGGGAGACAGCUGAUAAAGCAAGAUUCCCGGAAUACCAAAAUCCCGAACCCUCCCCCACGGAGUCUGCUUGUGUCCUCUCUGCAAGAGACGGGAUUUGUGGAAUACCUGGACGUAGGCACCUGGUACCUGGCUUUCUAUAACGAUGGCCGCAAGAUGGAACAGGUGGUAGUUUACAGUACACCCAUAGAAACAAUAGAUGGUUGUUCCACUAACUGUAAUGGUAAUGGAGAGUGUGUUGCCGGACACUGUCAUUGCUUUACUGGCUUCCUGGGGCCAGACUGUUCUAAAGACUCUUGUCCAGUGCUGUGCAGUGGAAACGGAGAUUACGAGAAAGGUGUGUGUGUGUGUCACACUGGAUGGAAAGGGGCGGAGUGUGAGGUGGAGGAAGGCCAAUGUAUCGAUCCCACCUGUUCCAACAAUGGAGAGUGUGUCAACGGAAUCUGCAUGUGUGCUCUUGCAUUCAAGGGCGAUAACUGUGAGCAAGUGGAUUGCGUGGACCCCUCAUGUUCAGGUCGAGGUGUUUGUGUGCGCAGUGAGUGUGUGUGUUCCACAGGAUGGGGAGGUGAGAGCUGUGAAAUACCACUUCCUGCCUGUAAAGAACAAUGUUCAGGUCAUGGACAACCCCAGUCAGGGGUGUGUGUGUGCGAACGGGGCUGGACUGGGGACGACUGCUCCGUGGAGGUUUGCCCAAUUCCCUGUAGUUCCCACAGUGUGUGUGUUGCUGGGCGGUGCCAAUGUGAGGAAGGGUGGGAGGGGCCCACCUGCGACAGACAGGCAUGUCAUCCAAUCUGCGAAGAGCACGGAGAGUGCAGGGAUGGGCAGUGUGUCUGUCAGCCUGGUUGGGAAGGAGAGCACUGCACUAUUGCAGCAAAUUACCUGGAUCUGUUUGAUAAAGAUGCGUGCCCAGGGCUGUGCAAUGGUAACGGACGCUGUACGCUGGAGCAGAGUGGUUGGCAUUGCGUGUGCCAGGCGGGAUGGAGCGGCCCAGGCUGUAAUGUUGUCAUGGAAACCGAGUGCAAUGACAGUAGAGAUAAUGACAGCGAUGGUCUUGUGGACUGUGUCGACCCAGACUGUUGCAGUCAGCAGGUGUGUCUGGGUGCCCCGCUGUGCCAAGGGUCACCUGACCCACGUGACAUCAUAAAACAGAGCCACACCUCUUUUGAAACACGCCCAUCGCGUCAGUUCUUUGACCGUGUACGAUUCCUUAUUGGACGGGACAGCACACAUAUACUGCCAGGGGACCUGCCAUUUGAUAGCAGUCGAGUGUGUGUAAUUCGAGGUCAGGUUUUGGCCUCUGACGGAACUCCUCUCGUCGGCGUGAAUGUCACAUUCCAGCAUAAUCCUGAAUUUGGAUACACACUUAGCCGACAGGACGGCAGCUUUGAUCUUCUGGCAGUGGGCGGAAUCUCUGUGACUAUAUUGUUCCAGCGAGCCCCAUUUUUGUCCCAAAGUCGGUCAGUCUGGCUUCCCUGGAACCAGUUCAUGGUCCUGGAUCGUGUGUUUAUGGAAAGAACUGAAUCCAAACCAUCGUUCUGUGACCUGAAAAACCUGAUCAGUCCGCACGCCAUCGUUCUCUCCGCCCCCCUCCCACGAUUCACAGCUGACUGCGAGGACAGAGGGACUGUUAUACCUGAGCUACAGGCAGUCCAAGAGGAGGUGGUUAUCCCGGGUACAAUUCUGAAGUUAAACUACCUCUCUUCCAGAGCUCCAGGCUAUCGCUCUCUCCUGAGGGUGGUUCUGAUACACUCCACCCUCCCGCUGGGCCUGGCCAAAGUCCAUCUGUCUGUGGCUGUCCAGGGUCGACAGCUUCUCAAAUCUUUUCCUGCCACUCCAAACCUCAUUUAUGUUUUCUCCUGGAAUAAAACUGACAUCUAUGGACAGCAGGUCACAGGGCUGGUGCAGGCACAGGUCUCUGUUGGAUAUGAGUAUAAAUCCUGUCCAGACGUUGUACUUUGGGAGAAGAGAGCCGCUCAGCUGCAGGGCUUUGAACUAAUACCCUCCAACCUGGGCAGAUGGACACUGAACCAUCACCACAUCCUCAACCUGGAGAGUGGUAUCCUUCAUAAAGGCAAUGGAGAGAGUGUCUUUAUUUCCCAGCAGCCCCUGGUCAUCUCCACAGUGAUGGGGACCGGAGUGGUCCGUGCGAUCCCAUGUCCGAACUGCAACGGUCCAGCUGUGGAGCAGAAACUGUUUGCCCCCAUCGCUGUGGCCUGCGGUUCUGACGGAAGUGUGUAUGUUGGUGAUUUUAACUACAUCCGAAGGAUUCUGCCCAAUGGAUUUGCCAUCAGCAUCUUGGAGCUCAGAAACCGUGACAUUAGACACAGCUCUAGUCCUGCUCAUAAGUACUACUUGUCUAUGGAUCCUGUGCGUGAGUCGCUCUACCUGUCGGACACUAGCAGCGGGAAGCUGUACCGCCUGAAGACUCUGACUGAACCGAAAGAUCUCAGCAGGAAUGUGGAGGUGGUGGCGGGCAGCGGGGAGCAGUGCACUCCCUUCCACCCAAAUCAGUGUGGCGAUGGAGGCAAAGCCACUGAAGCAGCCCUCAGCAACCCCAGGGGUAUUGCAGUGGACAAGCACGGGUUCAUCUACUUUGUUGAUGGAUCAACGAUCCGUAAGAUUGAUGACAAAGGUGUCAUAACAACCGUCAUUGGGUCAAACGGACUCACCUCCUCCCAGCCAAUCAGCUGUGACUCUCGUAUGGACAUUAGCCAGGUGCGUUUAGAGUGGCCCACAGACCUGGCAGUGAGUCCGCUGGAUAACUCUCUCUACAUACUUGAUAAUAACCUGGUGCUCCAGGUGAGUGAGUCCCAGCAGGUGCAUGUGGUUGCCGGGCGACCCAUCCACUGCCCCAUGGCGAGCAUUGAACCAGUGCUUUUGGGGAAAACAGCUGUGCGGUCAGUGUUGGAGGGAGCGAAAGCUAUUGCUGUCAGCCACCAGGGGGCACUGUACAUUGCCGAAACAGAUGACAGGAAGCACAGCCGUGUACAGGAAGUGUCUACAAAUGGAGAAAUUAUUGUAAUUGCUGGGGCGACCAGUGAAUGCGAUUGUAAGAUUGAUCCCAACUGCGAGUGUUUCACAGGUGAUGGAGGUUACGCUCGUGAUGCCAAGCUGAAGUCUCCUUCCUCUCUUGCGGUUUCGCCGAACGGUUCCCUCUAUAUUGCUGACCUCGGGAACGUACGCAUACGCCGGCUCACCGCUAACCAUCCGCAACUAACUCCUAAGGGCUUCUACGAGCUCACCUCUGUGGCAGACCAAGAGCUCUACCUGUUCAGUCCAAAUGGUACUCACCUGUUUACCUGCAGCCUAGUGACAGGGGACUACCUGCUUAACUUCACCUAUACCCCCGAGGGCCACCUGAGCAGCAUAGCAAACAGGGAGGGCACGAUAGUGCAGUUGCGAAGGGAUGCUAAUGGCGUGCCCCUGUGGCUAGUAGCCCCGGGCGGGCAGGUCUACUGGCUUAACAUCAGCAAUGCAGGAAUGCUGAAGCGCAUCUCCGCUCUCGCACAUGACCUCGCCCAGCUCAGUUACUACGGCAACACAGGGCUGCUUGCCACCAUCAGCAAUGAGAAUGGCUGGACCACUGUCUAUGAGUAUAACUCUGACGGACACCUCACCAACAUGACCUUGCCGACUGGAGAGGUCAGUAGUUUCCAUGGAAACAUGGAGAAAGCUGUCAGAGUGGAGGCCACUGCUUCGAACAGAGAAAACUUUAUUAUAAACACAAACCACACUGCGGAUAACACUGUCUACACACUUCGACAAGCUCACUCUGUUAGCGUGUAUGGUGUUAGAGAUGGCGGAUCUCUCUGGGUGACAUAUGCCAGUGGAAUGGGCGUUACCCUCACUACUGAACCAACCGUGCCUUUGAGGCUGUUGCCAGGGGCAUCGGCAGGCCUGAUCCAUCCUACAGUUGGAAGGUGCAACAUCACGUUGCCGGGGGAACCAUCUCACAGCCUUAUAGAGUGGAGACAGAGACGCGAACAGGCCAAAGGGAAUUACACAGCAUAUGAACGCAGACUGAGGGCUCACAAUAGGAACGUGUUGUCUAUAGACUAUAGUCAAGAAAGUCGGGUGGGGAAAAUCUAUGACGACCAUCGUAAGUUUACCCUCCACGUUCAGUAUGAUGAUCAAGGCAGGCCGGUGCUUUGGACCCCAAGUGAAUACAGUCAGGUGCGAGUAUCGUACUCAAACGAGGGUCUGGUCACCAGCAUACAAAGAGGCAACUGGACCGAACGCAGAGAUUAUGACAAUGGACGCAUCAUCACCCGAACCUGGGCCAAUGGGAAGAUCUGGAGCUACACCUUUCUGGAGAAGUCUGUCCAGCUGUUGUUACACAGCCAGCGUCGCUAUACGUUUGAGUAUGAUCAGACAGACUGUCUGCUGUCUGUCACCCUCCCCAGCAUGGUGAAACACAGUCUGCAGACCUCCCUCUCUGUGGGCUACUACCGAAACACCUACACCCCACCAGACUCGCCCACCUCCAGCUUCACGCAGGACUACGCCCACGAUGGCCGUUUGCUCCAGAGCCUGUACCUGGGCACGGGAAGGCGUGUAAUCUACAAAUACAGCAGAGUGGCCCGACUGGCUGAAAUUCUUUAUGACUCAACACUCGUGACCUUCACCUAUGAUGAAGCAACAGGUGCUGUUAAAACCAUUCACCUAAUGCAUGAAGGAUUCGUCUGCACCAUCCGCUACAGACAGACAGGUCCUCUAGUGAGUAGACAAAUAUAUCGCUUCAGUGAGGAGGGACUGGUUAACGCUCGCUUCGACUACAGCUACAACAACUUCAGAGUCACCAGCAUGCAAGCUAUGAUCAACGAAACACCACUUCCUAUUGACCUCUACCGCUACAUGGAUGUGUCAGGACGUAUCGAGCAGUUUGGGAAGUUCAGUGUCAUCAACUAUGACCUUAACCAGGUCAUCACCACACAUGCCAUGAAGCACACCAAGAUCUUCAACCCUAAUGGACAAGUGAUCGAGGUGCAAUACGAGAUUCUUAAAGCCAUCGCCUACUGGAUGACACUGCAGUACGACAGUAUGGGACACGUCACAAAUUGCGAUAUUCGAAUUGGCGUGGACAGUAACAUCACACGGUACGCAUACGAGUAUGACGCAGAUGGGCAAUUGCAAACUGUUGCCAUAAACGAACGCCCACAGUGGCGCUAUAGCUAUGACCUAAAUGGAAACAUAAACUUGCUGAGUCAUGGUAACAGUGCACGCUUGACACCUCUACGUUACGAUCUUCGUGACCGAAUCACACGACUUGGAGAAAUCCAGUACCGCAUCGAUGAGGACGGGUUCUUGCACCUCCGUGGCAACUUGCUCUUUGAUUAUGGUUCAAAUGGACUGCUGUUGGGUGCCUAUAACCGGGACAGUGGACAGAGGGUGUGGUAUCGUUAUGAUGGGCUCGGCAGGAGAGUUGCAAGCCACACUAGUGAUGGCGCACAGCUACAGUUUUUCUAUGCUGAUUUGACAGAACCGACGCGGGUGACACACCUAUACAAUCACAGUAGUGCAGAGAUCACUUCCCUUUAUUACGACCUUCAGGGACACCUCAUUGCCAUGGAGAUGAGCAGCGGAGAGGAAUUCUAUAUAGCAUGCGAUAAUGCUGGAACGCCUCUUGCAGUUUUCAGUAGCCGUGGUCAUGUGGUAAAAGAACUUCGGUACACACCAUACGGAGAUGUUUACCGAGAUUCCAAUCCUACCUUUCCUCUCGUCUUUGGAUUUCAAGGUGGGCUUUAUGACUCAUUCACCCGGUUGGUGCAUCUCGGUCGCCGUGACUAUGAUGUGGUAGCUGGAAGAUGGACGACACCCAACCAUGAAUUGUGGGCAGAGCUGAGUGUGAAUCCCAAGCCAUUUAAUUUGUAUGCAUUUAAAAACAACUAUCCACUGGGAAACCUACAGGAUGUAACCAGGUUCAUAACAGAUAUCAGUAGCUGGCUGCAGCUCUUUGGGUUUCAGCUUCAUAAUGUGGUUCCUGGGUUCCCUAAACCGAAGGUGGAGAAUACAGAGCAAACGUAUGAGAUGAUGGCCACACAGCUUCGCACACAGACCUGGGAUACCAGCAAGGUUGUACUUGGCAUCCAGUGUGAUCUUCAAAAGCACUUGAGAAACUUCAUUUCAUUGGAUCGCCUCCCCAUGACGCCAGCUAAUGGGAAAAUCGGAGGCCACCAGGGACGUAGACCAAUUUUCUCUGCCCUUAAUUCAAUUUUCGGAAAAGGUGUGAAAUUUGCCAUCCGUGAUGGAGUGGUCUCAACGGAGAUAAUUGGUGUGGCAAGCGAGGACAGUCGUCGUGUUGCGGCUGUAUUGAAUGGUGCUGUCUACCUGCGAGGCCUCCAUUUCACAGUGGACGGCCGUGACACUCACUACUUCACUAAGGCUGGCCCGCUGGAGGCAGAUCUGGGUGUUGCUGGGGGUGGUGCUGGAGGUGGAGUCAGAGUGUUGGAGAAUGGUGUAAACGUAUCAGUGUCCCAGAUCAGCGCUAUGGUUGGAGGGGAAAUGCGCCGUUUCGCUGACAUUGUCCUCCAGCAGGGGGUGCUUAGCUUUAACAUUCGCUACGGUGCAUCACCAGCGGAAGAGCGCACGCGUGUGCUGGAGGUGGCACGAAUAAGAGCUGUGCAGGGAGCGUGGCUACGGGAGCAGAAAAGGGUCCUGGAUGGGGAGGGUGGCAGUUUGGUAUGGAGUGAUAAAGAAAAGGAUGAGCUCAUUGCAGAAGGGCGCGUCUCAGGGUAUGAUGGGUUCUAUGCUCUUGCUGUUGAACAACAUCCUGAGCUUGCAGACAGCCCCUUCAACCUUCACUUGAUUAGACAUGUGGAAACUGGUCGCAGGUAACAGCGGCACUUAAACACACCUCAACACACCUACACUCCCCUUUAUACACUCCUAGCUACCACAUAUCUCUUCAGCUUUUUCUAGAACCCCAACCAAACAAAGCGAGAAAGACUCUAUUUGCCUUUAAAAUGUGACAGAAUGAUGGUAUUAUUUGUGUUCGUUAAUGUACUCUUAACAAAUUCUUCUUUUUUUUAUAGUUUAACUAGGUAGAUUUUGUUGGUAUUCUUUCUUGUUUUACAGUGGCUUAACCGUUCUUACUAAAGAACAAGCCUUGCUUGCCAAUCUGAGGGCACAGAGAACAAUGCACCUGUGACUAUUCUAGACUUACAUCAAAGAGUCUUCAACUCCAUAAAUGCUGCCAUGCCUGGCUCUCUCACUUCAGUGUGUAUAGAAAUCAUUUGACUUUAUGGGAAUGUUGAAGGCACCUUGCUAUGGCGUUAAAUCCUACAAACCUGAGGGUUUUCUCAUGAUUUCAUUGACUUCUGUGUUAAAUGUUCUCUAAGAACUUCACAGCCCUAACAGUUCAAAUGACUUUCCAGAAACCCAACUUUUCAACAGACCUCUGGACAUCUGCUUCUGUUUGAUGCUGCUGUCACAAAACUGAACCCCUGGAAAUUCACAGUGUUUGGAGUCUUGGCAAAAGCUCACCACCAUCUUUGUGUUGUUUCUGCUUAAUCAGUAUUGACAAAGCAGAGAGAAUUAAUCUGUUCAGCACCACUGCUGUUGUGGAAAGAUUUGUUCUCUUUGCGAAAACUGUACAUUUACCCUUUUUUCAAAUAUGUAGAAUAAAAAAAAAAAUAAAAAAAUAUGUAUGUGGAAAUUGUGCCUUCCUGGUCUGCUAGAAACGAUCACAUGAAAUGGGCUUAGACAUAUCAUAUUCUCAAUUUGUGUUUCAGUAUUAGUCACAUGCCUUAGUUAUAUGGAAAAUAAUUUAUUUUGAAUUGUUUUGGUGGGGAGGGGAUUGGCUAGCAAAAGCCAAAAAACAUAAAUGCUAAUACUUGUGAGGUGAAUUAUUGUAAAUAUACCCCAGGGUACAAACACACAGUGACAUAAACAUGUCCCAGUUUACAGUUAAAAUGCUGCUUUUUUUAUUUGUUCUUGAGCUUGGUUUUUAUUUAUUUAUUUCGCUUUUGCUGUACUAUCAAUAUGUAACUGACAUCCUGUUUUUGUCAUUUUGGUUUUAUAAUGAGUGUCAAAGCUCCAGUUUUGGAAUUGUAUUUUCCCCACUAUUUUAACAGGUCCUUUUCCUUCUAGUAGGGGACCUGAUGAGGACUAUGUGUAGGGAAAUAAAAGAAUCACCUGCUGAAGAAUGGUAUUUUUUUGUUAGUAUUGGAGUCGGGUCUUUUCCAAUCUAUUAUUAAGUCUGCAGCACUGUGGAUAGACGUUCUGUGUGUAGGACUGUCAAUAUGGACUUCUGUAUAUCAUUAAUGGACUAUUGUAGACUGUUUAUAGAUAAUUGACUAUUUAUACAUGACACUCAAGAGAAUUAGGAGUAAAUGUAUUUUCUUGUGAAAUCUGUGGAUAUGCUGUACCAUCAAGCUUUGUAAUCUUAAUCUGAGAUAUAUAUUUGCAUUGUAUAAGGUGAAGAGAUAAAUGCAUUGGACUGAAUUUUCAGAGUGUGCAAAUAUUUAACAGAACUGUGUGAGAGAGGAGUGCUCUGAUGGCACAAUAUGUUUCCAACAUUUUGUAAAUCUUAAUUUCAAUCGAAGUACAGUUCUAUUGCACAAAGAAAUAUAAUAGGAGUGGAGGAAGUAUUUGUGUUAUCUUUUGCAUCUUUUGUCAUAAUCUCAUCAUUGCUGAACUGAAAAGGGAAUAUAUAACUUUUGGUUUAUGAUCAAAUCAUGUUUCUCAAAAGACAAGUACAAAAAAACUUCAGUGUCCUCUCCUUGGCCAAACCAGUUCCUGUGGUGUAUAUUUGACUGAUAGGCUUUAUGUACACAGAUUAAUGCAGUUUGUCAAACAUGCCUAUUUAAAAACAAAGUACUUUGGGCAGUGGCCUUUUUAUAAAUAAAACACAAAUUUAA